AUGAGUAGGGUCAUGCUGAAGCUUAGAAAGGGAAGCCAGUCGGCCUAUGUGACUCCCACUCAAGUGGAAAAGUUAACGCUUAGCAGAAAAAAGAAAACAAAGAAAGUUGAUAAUGAACUCAACCCUGUCUGGAAUGAGAUUUUGGAGUUUGACUUGAGGGGUAUACCACUGGACUUUUCAUCUUCUCUUGGGAUUGUUGUGAAAGAUUUUGAGACAAUUGGACAAAAUAAGCAUCUUGGGGCCACCAUUGACUUGGUGAUAGGCUAUGACCCACCGGCAGCUCCACAUCCAAAUGACCUGAGUGGGACCGGCGUGCCAGGCAUAGGAGGAGAAGAGGAAGAAGAUGAAGGUGAUGAAGACAGGUUGGACAGUACAGUCAGGGACCCUGGGCCCAGGCGGCCGGUUGGGACGGUGUCGGAAGCUCAGCUUGCUCGGAGGCUCAGCAAAGGAAAGAACCGCCGGCGGACACUGCCCAACAAGCCACAGGACUUCCAGAUCCGGAUCAGAGUGAUUGAAGGCCGACAAUUAAGUGGCAACAACAUAAGGCCUGUGGUCAAGGUCCACGUCUGUGGCCAGACACACCGAACAAGGAUCAAGAGAGGGAACAAUCCAUUUUUUGAUGAGUUACUUUUCUACAAUGUGCACAUGACCCCUUCUGAACUGAUGGAUGAAAUCAUCAGCCUCCGGGUUUAUAAUUCCCAUUCCUUGCGGGCAGAUUGUCUGAUGGGGGAAUUUAAGAUCGAUGUUGGAUUUGUUUAUGAUGAACCUGGUCAUGCUGUCAUGAGAAAAUGGCUUCUUCUCAAUGACCCUGAAGAUGCCAACUCUGGUGCUAAAGGUUACAUGAAAGUCAGCAUGGUUGUGUUGGGAACCGGAGAUGAGCCUCCUCCUGAGAAACAAGACCGUGAUAAUGACAGUGAUGAUGUGGAGAGUAAUUUGUUACUCCCUGCUGGCAUUGCUCUCCGGUGGGUGACCUUCCUGCUGAAAAUCUACCGGGCCGAGGAUAUCCCCCAGAUGGACGAUGCCUUCUCACAGACGGUGAAGGAGAUAUUUGGAGGCAAUGCAGAUAAGAAAAACCUUGUGGAUCCUUUUGUAGAAGUUUCCUUUGCUGGAAAAAAGGUUUGCACAAAUAUAAUUGAGAAAAAUGCAAACCCUGAGUGGAAUCAAAUCGUCAAUCUUCAGAUCAAGUUUCCUUCAGUAUGUGAAAAAAUAAAACUAACAAUAUAUGACUGGUGA